AUGUACUCACAAAGCCACCAGCAGGGACACAAUGCCCGGCUGAAUGGAGCGGGGCGGGGGAUGCCCAACAUGAUGUACAAUUUUCAGCAACACACACAACAUCAGCACCCCGCCCAGCCCCAGCAUCACCAAGGCCUGCAGCAUGAGCACAUCAUUCCCAAUGCCAAUGGACUGGGCCAUCAUUCGUCCUUUGCCGCUGGCAUCCUCCAGACUUCUGCCACGUUCAACUCCAACGCACUCUCCAAUGGGCACGCGACCAACUCAAGGGCUGGCCAGGCCCCGCAGAAUGAAAUGUGGCAGGAACAAUUGCGGCUUCACAAGGAGGCUGAGAGGGCACACGCUGCCAUGACCGAACAGCAGCAACCGCACUACUAUGCUAGGCUCAAGGCAUCAGAAAACAGAGGCAUAGGCGGCCCUCCCCCGUCCAACGGCAAGACCCAAGCAGACAGCGAGAACGACCCCGCAGAUAGGAGAAGGCCUCUGAACGUGGAGAAGGGUACGACUCGCCAAGACUGGCACAACAUGGACAUGAGCGGCCAGGGACUUAGAAAUCUCGCCCCCGAACUGUUCCGGUACCAGUUCCUCAACGAACUCUACAUUGCUUCCAACAAGCUUACGCGCAUUCCCAACUCCAUUGGAGAGCUGCGCCAGCUCCGACACCUCGAUGCCUCCUACAACCAAAUCAAUGAGCUGCCGCCGGAAUUGGGCAUGUGUACUUUCUUGAAACAGCUGCUUCUCUUCAACAACAACCUCCAGGAACUUCCCUUUGAGCUAGGUUCUCUUCAUCAGCUGGAGAUGCUCGGCAUUGAGGGCAACCCAUUAGAGCCCAGCAUAAAACAGGAAAUCAUGGAAAAGGGCACCAAGAGCCUGAUCAAUGCAUUAAUGGAAGGAGCUCCUAUUCCUUUACCCCCCACGCCGCGUAAAGAAAUCAUUAUCCAGGAGGACGUACCCGAAGCAUUGGAGAGAAUCAAGGUCUUUUCUUGGAAUAUUCUAUGCGACAAGUAUGCGACAACGCAGACCUACGGAUACACACCCACUGGAGCCCUGAGCUGGGAGUAUCGGAAAAAUUGCAUCUUGGAGGAGCUCCGGAUUCGCGAAGCCGACUUCCUCGCUCUCCAAGAGGUCUCUACCGACGCCUUCAAGGAGGAUCUCAGCCCCGAGCUGGCGCAAAUGGAUUACAGAGGCGUGCAUUGGCCCAAAUCUCGAGCCAAGACAAUGUCUGAAAAGGAUGCACAAACCGUCGACGGCUGCGCAGUCUUUUACAAGCAGAGCAAAUUCAUUCUGCUCGACAAGCAGCUAAUUGAAUUCGCUACGAUUGCCAUUAACCGACCCGACAUGAAGAACCAGCACGAUGUAUUCAAUCGGGUCAUGCCCAAGGACAACAUUGCUGUUAUUUGCUUCUUUGAGUCCCGGCUGACGGGUGCUCGCAUUAUCCUGGUCAAUGCACAUCUGACCUGGGAUUCAGCUCUGGCAGAUGUCAAGCUGAUUCAGACGGGCAUUCUCAUGGAGCACGUGACCAAGCUCGCAGAGAAGUAUGCAAGGUGGCCGGCCGUCAAAGACAAGAAGAUGAUUACGCUGCCGAGAGGUGACGAUCCUGAUGAGCCGCCGCCGCCGCCUCCAGUCGAGCCCGGCCCGAGUCAAGAAUAUCGAUCCAAUACCGAGAUCCCUCUGUUAGUCUGUGGCGACUUCAACUCGACCAGAGACUCUUCGGUGUGGGAGCUCAUGACUUUGGGCCGCGUGGAGCCAGAACACAAGGAGCUGGGCGGCUUUCACUACGGAGCCUUCACACGCGACGGUAUCGACCACCCCUUCAGCUUACGAGACUCCUACGCACCCAUACAAAACACACCAGACGAGCUGCCCUUUACUAAUUACACUCCUGGAUUUGCCGACGUUAUUGAUUACAUCUGGUAUUCAGCCAACACGUUGGAGGUUGUUGAACUGCUGGGACCUCCCGACCCGACAUAUAUGAAGCGAAUCCCAGCGUUCCCCAACUGGCACUUCCCAGCCGAUCACAUUCAGAUCAUGUCUGAGUUCGUCAUCAAGAGCCGAAAAGACAAGAAACAGGCCUCAGAACGCGAACAGUAG